UGGAACCUUGUAGGUAGAUGGUCUUAUCGCAAUCUACUGUAUCCACAUGCGCACAACUGUUCGGCGGUAUUCGGCAUUUUGAACCCGCUGGAUGAUGAAUAUCAACCAAGCAAAAGAAAAAUGGGCAUCUGCCUUCGAGAAGGCUUAUGCGUUCGUCGAAGAUGACGAUAAGCGUCGCGCUCGUAAGCUAUGCAACGACUUGCUUCAAGAGCCAGGCAUUCACCUCUUUUACCAAGUCAAAUGUCAUCUAAUGCUUGCUGCGCUCGCCGACAUCCCUCCUGUGGCAGAAACCCCUCUUGAUGAAGCUGACAAACUCUGCAUUCAGCUUUACGAGAGCAGGAAGGAUGGUGAGGAGGAAGAAAUCCUGAUAUACCAAGCCAUCAUCGCCAGUGGGAAAGAAAAUUUGGGUCCGGAAAUGAAAGAAUGGAAGAUGGAGGAAGGUAUAUAUUACAUAUCUAGCUCGGAGGAAGAUUAGAGCUGGACUAGUCCCAAGCGGUGGUAGGACGAUCACGAACCUCUCGCUGCUCUUCACCUGCCCAUAGCGUAGAUUGCCUUCAAACCUGAAUAUUGUUCACUGCGGCGCUUAGAGCAUCCAUGUCCUCCCGACCAACUGCACGUGGAGGCUGAAGAAGCAUAUGAGGAGGUUUGGCGAAAACAUCACCUAUCUUUCUCUCAGUAAUUGGCUGGCGCGAGCAGGGU